GGGACGUUGUUGAAUGAAAUAUUUUUUUUUGUUUUUAGGAAAUAGUAAAUUAAAUUUCAAUUAUGAACAAUAUUUGUAAAAUAACGCAAAAUAUAAUUUGAAUCCGUGUUCUUCUUGUUGAUAUUGAUAGUGCAUUCAUUAUUAAAGACAUGUCGGUGCUUUGUUUAAUGAGCAGGAAGUUUUCGCCAAAAAGUGCGACUGCGCACUGGCCAAAUUAGUAGUGUGAAAGAAAAUGGCGAUCAGCGAAAGGCGUCCGGAGUUAACGUGAUGAAAAACAUUGUUAAAAGCUCAAUUACAUAGUGUUAUAGUUUAAAUUGUGUCAGAUGUAGAUUAAUUAAGUGUUAAUGAAUAGUGAUUGUGUAUAAAAAUGGCUGCGAACAUGUACAGAGUCGGCGAUUGCGUCUAUUUCGAGACGUCGCCGAAGUCUCCGUACCAGAUCCGGCGGAUAGAGGAACUGAACAAAACCGCCUCUGGGAACGUUGAGGCAAAAGUCAUGUGCUUCUACAGGCGACGGGACCUGCCCAAUCCCCUUAUACAGUUAGCUGAUAAGCAUCAAAUGGCCCAGUCAGAAGACUCACCCGUCGCGAUGAAACUCAAGAAAAUAUGCCUUAAAACGCCGGUAGGCGAGGAACAGGCGGCACAAGCAGUCCUUGACCCUGCGCUAGUGGCAAUGGAGGAGGAAUCUACCGAACUGCCAGGCACGGACGGCCUGGCGCCGAAGCAGCGGCACCAGGCGAAACACCGGGAGUUGUUCCUCUCGCGGCACGUCGAGACGCUGCCGGCCACACACAUACGCGGGAAGUGCACCGUCACGCUUCUCAACGAAACGGAGUCACUUCUCAGCUAUCUCAAUAAGGAUGACGCAUUUUUUUAUUGUUUAGUAUUUGAUCCUUCACAAAAGACUUUAUUAGCAGAUAAGGGAGAAAUCAGAGUUGGAAGUAGAUAUCAGACUGAUGUAACUAAUUUAUUAAAAGAAGGCGAAGAGGACCCGCGGAACAGUGAAGAAUUAGAAACACUAGUGUGGACUCCAGAACACGGUCUGACGGACAGACAGAUCGACCAGUUCCUAGUGGUGUCGCGUUCCGUCGGCACGUUUGCGCGCGCGCUCGACUGUUCCUCCAGCGUGAAGCAGCCCUCGCUGCACAUGUCCGCCGCGGCCGCCAGCCGGGACAUCACGCUCUUCCACGCCAUGGACACACUGCACAAAUCCGGAUACAGCAUAGAAUCGGCGCUAUCCUCAUUGGUGCCCGCGUCGGGACCAGUGCUUUGUCGCGACGAAAUGGAGGAGUGGUCGGCGUCAGAGGCGAACCUCUUCGAGGAAGCACUCGACAAAUACGGCAAGGACUUCGCCGAUAUACGACAAGACUUCCUGCCAUGGAAGACGCUAAAGAACCUAGUGGAGUACUACUACAUGUGGAAGACAACGGACCGCUACGUGCAGCAGAAACGUGUUAAGGCGGUCGAGGCCGAGUCCAAGCUGAAGCAAGUGUACAUUCCCAACUACAACAAGCCGAACCAGGCGCUGAUAACUAGCGGCACGGGCAAGGCCGCGGCCGUCCUCAACGGGGGCACCAACGGCACCAGCGCCAUUCCCAGCGCGCAGCACUGCGCUUCUUGUCAAGUGACAAAUUCAAACCAGUGGUACUCUUGGGGUCCAGAGCAUUUACAGUACCGGCUGUGUGGCUCGUGCUGGCAAUACUGGAAGAAGUAUGGCGGUCUCAAGACUGCCGGCGUGUUCGGCGAGACAGAAGUGGAGGCCGCGAAGGGACCGCGCGAUGGAGACGAAACAGCUCUGUCUGUGUCCCAUCGUCCACAUCGCUGCACCGUGCCCAACUGUGGAAAGGAGUUCAAGCUGCGCGCACACCUGGCGCGCCACGUGGCCACGGCGCACGGCGGCGGCGAGGGCGCGCGCCCCGUGAUGAAGACGCGCGCCGCCUUCUACCUGCGCGCGUCGCCCUUCACGCGCCUGGCGCGCCGCCUGUCGCGCGCGCUGCGCCGGCCGCGCCACUUCGCGCGCUCGCCCUUCUCGCCCAUCAACCUGGCGCAGGUCAAGCACGAGUGCACCCUGGCGAUGGCGGGCCUGGGCGGAGCGGAAAUGCGCGCGGCGUCGGCCAGCGGCGGGCCGGCGCGCGCGCGCGGCGCCGUGAGCGGCGUGGCGGCGCGCCUGGCGGCCGCGCGCGGCUCCAGCGUGGCGGCCGCGCACGCGCGCGCGCACGACUGGCUGCUGCUCACGCCCAAGGACCGCAUGCCCGCGCCGAAACACGUGGCCUUCCCGAAGCCGCCUAAAGCUCCUGACGGCAGCCUGAUGUACGAGCGCGUGUCGUCCCGCGGCGAGGCGGAGUCGCUGCGCGCGUCGCCCGCGCCCGCGCCCACGCUCAAGCGGCGCGCCUACGACGACAUCAACGGCCUGGACAGAGGAGCCCCGGGCGGACCCGGGCGUUCCCCGGUGGCGCCGCCGCCGGCCAAGCGCCCCAACAAGCACCCGGCGCCCAUGCAGCGGCCGUCGCGCGAGCAGUACGCCGCCAUGUGUGCGCGCGCGCAGGCCACCGGCGAGCCGCUGCCCGCGCACGUGUUCGCGCAUGUGAACGGCAAGCCGACCAACAUAACGGGGCGCGGUGGACGCCGCCACGUCAUAUCGUGGAUGGACGCGCCUGACGACCUGUACUUCAGGGCGACCGAUACGGCCAAGGCCGCACGGCGCGCGCUGAGUUGCGGGGAAGUCCGGCGCGGCGCACGGGCCCCGUGGCGGGCGAUGCGCGGCGCUCCGCCGCCCAAGGGGCAGCCGCCCGCCGCGCCGCCGCUGCAGCUCGUCAUCCUCGACUGACAGGAGCCGCCGCGCCCGCCGCACACGCCGCACCCCUACACCAUGGAGGCGCUGCUGGGCUGAGUUCGCUUGCACUCGGACUGAGUUCGCGUGCACUCGCGCUGAGUUCGCACGCACUCGCGCUGAGUCCUCUCGCCACUCGCCACAGCCGCUGACGAUGCUCUGUUGUAUAUUCGUGAUGUAAAUAAUCUCCGCCCGCUCCUCGAUCGCGAGACGGUAACAUUAAAACGAAGAUUGUAUUUUUGGUAAUCGAAUCGCCGAGAAUGGAUUCUGUAGAUAAUAUUUUAAACUAUAUUGUUCUUAUGUGGUUUGAUCUGGCGUCGAGCAAAUAAUGUAUUUGAUACAUAAAACGAUAUGUAAGUCUAUUUCAUUCGGAGAUUCAUUGUAGGAUAAUUUACAAUUUUUUUCAUAAAUAAAGCACAAAUUGAAAUA